AUGGAUUUCUGUCGCUGGCCACACGCUUCAAAACAAGCAAGCCGUGCGCAGGAAGUGCAGCGCCUCUUGGCGCAGCUGAUUGCCCACAAAGGGUUCGUGACAAACCCGGACACACCCGGUGCGGAGAAACUCUGCGUGGCAGCUGUUUCUGAUGCCUGGCUGUUGUCGCCGCGGGCAAAAUUCGACCCCGUUGACGGGGACUGCUCGCUCUUGGAGCCUCAGUGCACCUUCGUGGUCAAGGGGUUCAACAGAGCAUCAUGCGCCCUAGCUGUCCUUCGGUGCGCAUUUGAGUGCCCUGACUUUCUCGAGGAGCUUCCUUCGGAUGUUGCAAAGACAUUCGAAGUGGUGUAUGCGACGGCAGUGGACAGCGAUGUCACCAAGGCGCUCCAGCAGUACACCAACGCCAGCAGUUUUGCGGCGGCAAUGCAAAUUGGGCGGUUUGAGGCCCAAGCAGCCAUCAACCUCUUGAGGAAUGUGAGCCAGCCCACCCGCGAAAAGCUCACCGAGUUGGUGCGUGAGCACAGCAUGCAGAAGUUUAUCACGCACGAGGCCUGCAUGGCGCAGCUCGCCGCCUCCGUUCCUGAGAGCUUUCUGCAGAACGUGACAGCAGACAUCGAGAAGGUGUUGCUUUGGUUUUUGCUUCGGCACGGGGAUGCGGAGAUUACGGUGAUGCUGGAAUCUUCUGUGCCCCCAGCGGACCUGGGUAAGGUCACCAUCUUUGCCACACAGAUCGCCAAGUACCAGCAACAGGUUGAUGAGAGCAAAGUCACCGAGGCAGCCCAGCGCCCCAGCAGCAACCAGCUCUCGGCGCAGCUGCAACAAACAACGUUCAAGCAGCUGGAGCUGAGUGUGUCCACCGACAUGGACAAGUUGAACAAAUGGGCCGCGGACUUCAACGGCGAUCUGGAUAUCAAGUAUCUGGCGAGCCGCUUUCAGAGGGGCAAGGAGGCAUGCGACAAGUUCAUGCAGGACAAACACCAGUUCCAUCUCUUGUCAACGCUGAACGGCCUCCACGGACUGUUGGCAGUGGACGAAUGCAUGAGCCUUAUCCAGGCAGUGUGCAGUGGCAACGCCUCUACAGUGGCCUUUGUCAUGAUGCCCCAGUGGCACUCCAGCACAAGCAGGAGCACAACUGUGAAGAACAGGAUUGGUGACCUGUAUGAGAUCUCGGUUACCUUCAACACUUCGGACCAUGCUGGUCUCGGGACCAUGGGCGCCACGCAGAACACCGCGCCUUUUGCAAAGUCGAGGGCGCUGCUCGGCAACAUUGCAGGUUUCCGCUGGGUCUGGCCCAACACCGCCCAGGCCGGCACGCACAUCGGCGAGCCCAGACUGGGGGUGGCCAACUCCUGCACCAUCGCCCGAUGCACUUCUUUGACCGUGGCCCUCACUACAUCAGGGGACCUGUGGAUCCUGAACAAGUCGACCGCCGAGCAAACGCUCACUGCUGGGGAACUCUUUGGGUUCAAUUUUGGGGCCUUCGCCGAUAUGCCAUCAGGAACGGUGGGCCAGUCGCAGGACCACAUUCCUUGGCUGAUCGUGGACGACAUGCAGCUGGUGUCCCUACUCCCAGGGGUUGGCGGAAGUGGCACCAAAGACAUGCUGACUGUGGCAGAUGUGAUGUGCCGAAUCACGCGCGAAAGGGGGGUCACGGAAAGCAAGGCUGACACCGACGGAACAAGUCGGCCCAUGAGCUUCCGGUAUACCGUGAAGCCUCGCAUGAAAGUGAACGCCUUCAAGCCCAAGGAGCUCACCGCCGAGGAAAAGGGCGCUGGCGAACUGCGGGCCUCGCAGUUCGGGGCUUUGUGGUGCAACAAGUUUGCCAGCAUCCCGAAAAACAAGGAUUGUGGCAUCAUCUGGGAGGUGAAGGUGGGUGAAGAAGUUCCGGCAACCGUUGCUCCAACCAAGCCGAAGUUUUGUCUUCUCUGCAAGGCAGUGCUGAAGGUGGCAAGUGCCAUCAAGAUUACUUAG